GAAGAUGGCGGCYGGCAGCAGCGGCGGCCCGGGCGCUCCGUGCCGGCACCAUGCGCAGCUGGGAGCCUGCGAGUCCCGCGCCAAGUACCGCGAGGGGUGGCGGCCCCGCGCCGUGAAGGUUUACACUAUCAACUUGGAAUCUCGCUAUUUACUGAUACAAGGAGUUCCUGCRUUAGGUGUUAUGAAGGAAUUAGUUGAACAAUUUGCAUUAUAUGGUGCCAUUGAGGAGUAUCACGCUCUAGAUGAAUAUCCAGCAGAGCAAUUUACUGAAGUGUAUCUUAUAAAAUUCAAAAAGCUGCAAUGUGCAAGGGUGGCCAAGAAAAAAAUGGAUGAACGAAGUUUCUUUGGUAGUUUGCUGCACGUGUGCUAUGCUCCAGAAUUUGAAACAGUCCAAGAAACUAGAGAGAAGUUGCAGGAUAGAAGAAAGUAUAUAGCAAAAGCAACAAAUCAAAGAGAUUGCUUUGUGUUAAAGAAAGUAGAGGGCCCUAAGAAGACAGCCUCAAAGAACUCUGAGCAUGACUGUCCAUGGAGUACAUCAGGAUCACAUGUCACCAGUGACUCGGAACCCGUCUGCAUUACAAGUUCUCAUGGGGUAKCCCACAACACAGUGUAUCCAUCUGGGAAUCCGAAUCAGAGCCUGUUAACAUCUCAGCACUAUGAUAACAGUUGUGCUGAAAUUUCUGGGUACUUUGGUCAAAACACAUCCCUAACUCCAAGUGUACAUCCAGGAGGACAUCUUCCACCAGCUUCCUUAAUGCAGCACAGAACAGUUCCAGCUUACAAUGGGAUUGACAGGUUUAUGCCUCGCACAACUCACCUGCAAGAACGUAAGAGGAAGAGAGAAGAAGGUAACAAGUUUUCCUUCAUUGGAACAAGUGAGGACAAUACUGAAGUUGUUAUUGGUCCACAACUACCAGAAAUACCUAAAGUGGAUAUGGAUGAYGAGUCUUUGAAUACUUCAGCUACAUUAAUUCGAAAUAAACUGAAAGAGGUAGCAGAUUCUGUUUCAACAACAUCUGUGGAAAAGCCAGAGAGCAGCUCAGCCAAACCACUUGUAAAGCAAAGAAGAAGAAUAUAGAUACUGCUGGCAACAUCUUCCAAYAGUCCUUUUGUAAAGAAUAUGGAUUAAAAUAUUUAUUUUUAAUGUAAAAAAAACCCCUUUCUUUAUACUGUAUUUAUAUUGUAUAUUCCAUAUUAUACUAUUAAAAAUUGUAUCAAUUUGUUACUUGGAAUGAAGAAACCAA